CACCAAUCCCCACAUCCUCUGCUCUCUCUCUGCCUCCCUCGCCCCAACUGAUGCCAUGGAGCAAUUACAGCGACCCACCACUGACCAACACCCGGCCGAGGAACCCACUGUUUAGAUGGAAUAGUUGGAAUUUAUUUGCCUUUAAAUCAGUGAAAGAUCAUCAAAGACAGCCAAUGAGACAGCCAUGGAAGUUUCUAAUAGUUUGAUUAGUAAGAUCCACAGUUCCUUUUCUGGUGGCUUACAUUUUGCAACACCAAUAUUUUCCUUGAGGACCAAUGAAGUAGACCUGGUGCGAGGUGUGUUACAAAUUUUACAAGGGUUAUCCAGUUCUUUGUUCUAUUGGGACAAUAUUGGACAGAGGUUCUGUCCCAUAAGUAGGAUUUAUGUAACUCAUCUUUCCCAGACAAGUCUUCAUCUCGUUCUGGAUCAAUUUCUGUAUGCUGCAACAUGUUUACAACUCGUAGAGAUUGUUUGCAAUAAAGUGGAGACUUCUGCAAGAUCACCUCCACCUACUUUGAGAGCAUUUGUGUGCUCUAUUUCUGCUUGGCUUAGCAGGUUACGGAAUAUUGCUAUGAAAGAGGAGACAAAGAUAAGCAACUCCAACGGUCGAACUGCUCCAACCCUUUUGGGACUGGGGAGUUCCUUGUCAAGGAGCUGAAUUUUUAUUGCAAAUAGUGUAUGGAGCCAUACCUCAAGUCUAUUUUGAACUUGAUCCUCCGGUCCUGGCUGCUGACAUUGCCACACAUAUUCUUGAUUAUCUUUAUAAGAAGCUCAA